ACAAGCGACCAGUCCACUCAAACUUUGAAUAAACGUCGUUGUGAACGCACGUCUGUCUACGCGAGUGAAUUUGUGCUUCAGUUUUAUUUUGUGUACAACACGGAUUUAACAAUGCAUCUUAACUCGUUACAACUGUGCACGGCUGCGUUGACGCUGGCUCUUGUAGCAGCGGUGCCCGCUUCUACGCCGCACCACGUCUCUCGCCGGUCAUUCUUCAACCUCGAAUGCAAAGGUGUCUUUGACGCGGCGAUUUUCGCGCGCUUAGAUCGUAUCUGUGACGACUGCUAUAACCUCUUUAGAGAACCGCAGCUCUAUACUCUAUGCAGGUCGGAAUGUUUUACCACGCUCUUUUUCAAGGGUUGUGUGGAGUCUCUGUGCCUCUCGGACGAGGUGGAGGAACUGGAUCUAAUGAUCGAUUUCAUCGGAAAACGCUAAUGCUGCCGCCUAUCAUCACAAAUUCGCGCGCCAUCUUAUGGCGCAAAGCUGUCAACAACCAUAGAGAAUCUAGAGCUGUUUCCUUCAACGAAAACGCCAUAAAUAUUAUAUUAAACUAAUAAAUUAUUGAUUUACCAUUUGUUAAGAUUCUUCUAAUGCUUUCCUCAAAUUAUAGCGUUUUAAAAUGAAUUACGAAAAGAUAUAUCGAGUUCCUCCAGAUUUCUAUCCUCAACAUAUUCUAGUCUUUAAAGCGACAUAAAAUUAUUUAUGUUUGCUAGUAAUUUUAAUGUUAUCAUAAUUUGUAUUUGAUAAUGUGUAUUCAGAUUUAAGAUAAUAUGUGUAAGCUUCGCAAGCUACGGGAGUGAAAAGUACAUUAAAGAUGAGUUUUAUUAUAUGUCACCUACUAGAUAAUGUUAAAAAAUCACAGUUGAUAAUUUUACCAAAAAUGCCGACUGAGAUUGCUUAAAAAAUUAUUAAAUGUAUGACGCAUUCCAAGCACAGUAUUUUAAACAAUUACUUACGCCUUUUAUCUAAAAGAUAAUAUUUUUUUCUUACAGACUAACAAGUAUUAUUGCGUUAAUUAUGUUUGUUUUAUGACGGUAUUGUAUUUAUAUUGUAGAUAGUAUUUUUAGUUAGUUUUAUAGUUAUUGUGUAAUUCUGAUAGUGGCCUCAAUCUUUUAUUUUAUCACCAUCGUAGCUUUUUACUAAGCAUUGUAUUUAAUUCAUUUAGAACACCUACUUUUUUGACGUUUGCGCCUGGCCGCUGUGCAAAAAACCUAUUGUAGUGGCAAAAAAAUUGUUUAUGGAAUUUUUUUUAAUCGUUUGAAGUUCUGUAUUAUCUACGUAAAAAGAAUUAAUUGUCAGGCAGCGUCAGAAAAGUUAGCUGUUGUUUAGUUUAAGUAUUUAUAUAGAUUUAUUUUUAUAUUCUUCCGACCUAUUUAUUUUUUACUGUUAACGAUUUAAUCUAAUAUUGAUUAGCAACCGUGGGUAUAACCAGUGUAUUAAGAUAUAACAGUUUCACUGAUUUUUUCAGAUCAUUAUCUUUAAGUUGCGGUGUAUACUUAUACGUCUGUUAAAACUCUUCUCUAAUUGAAUCUCAACUUUUUAUGUUUUAGCGUUUCUUAAAAACAUUUAUUUAGGAAUGUGAGGAUUUGAAGAAUGGUGCCAAUAUAUCCCAAAAUAUUAUAUAAGUGUAACGAAUUUAGCUAAUCUUAAAAUAUAUUAAACAGUAAUUUUUAGGAACUGAAAAAUUAUUGUAUUAUUGAUUUAUUAGUGAAAUAUGUAAACUAUUUGUAUAAAUUUAUAUGAAUCAGCUAAGAAACGCUACGGGUUCCAUGAAAUAUAUUACAAUAUGAAUUUA